CACCACAAACAAAUAUACAAACUUAAAAAUGGCGGCGCGCACGAAAAAAAAUAAAUAAUGAAAAUUUGUGGUGAAAGAUGUGACUGUUAUUGAGAAACUAUAUAAUAUGGAUACGCUUUUCUUUAAAACAAGGCAAGGGUCAAAUCCCUUUGAAGAUGAGCCUCUGCCAGCAGCCCACUACCAUCCUAGUCUACAGAAACACAUUUCAGAUACUGAGAAAAAGAUAAACCUAAGCCCAGAGAGAUUGUCCAAGCAUGAUGUCAUCGGGUCAUCAGCCUCUCAAGGAAAAGAUAAACCCUUUGAAAAACCCAGCCCAGCGGAGAGAGAAUUCCUUGCGAGGGCCAACACCAUGUUAGCCAAGGAGCUGCCCACCCAUGACACCCCUAGCCCUGGUAACGCCUCCUCCAAAUUUGACGAGUCUUGGCCCACCAGUGAGCGGCCGUCGACCAUUGAGAGCCCUGGAGAGUACAGACCACCUUCUCAAGGGACGACUGUAUCUUUGAGAAGCACAGCACGUGAAGAACCAGGAGCCACAGUGAAAACACAGCUGUCCGAGUCCAGUGCUUCUACAUCAGGGACUGACUACCUAGCCCAGUGGAGAAAUAGGUACAACAAGGGAGGGAGGCAGCCGCAACAAAAGCAACCAGCUGAGGGGUCAACUCUUGCCAAAUACAUUCAGCGCUUCCGCUACAGCGAACCAAGAAGCCGUCUGGAACGGGAACGGGAAAAACAGGCAGCAAGAGGCAAUGACUUCUGGUGGCUGGCCCCACCCUCCCGCACCUCAACCCCGUCAGAGGACGACGCAAGAACCCCACCCCAACUCCCCACGCAAGGGGUGGGGACUCGCAGAAGGGGAAGGGGUGGUCUGGUGAGUCCAGGCAGGAGGGAUUCAGCUGGGAGUUACGGGAGGAGUCUGUCAUCCGUUUCACCCUCCGAGAGGAUGGACACGGACACGGACGACCUGCAGACAAGAGCAGAAAGGCUCCUUGAAAGAAGUGAAUCGACAAUACUAAGUGAGCCUGCUGUCAGCUCUAAUGGAGUCGGGGUGUCAUCGACCACAGCAAACUAUCAGGAACCAGACUACUUUAUCGGGGACGUGCCGAGAUCCGCAGCCCAGACGCGGAGCUUCCAGAUGCCUCCCCCAAUGGGGGAGGGGCAAUUGCCAGGAAAGAAGGCGGGGCUUCGUCCGGAGGAUGACAUCCUGCAUCAGUGGAGGGUAAGGAGGCGAUUGGAGGAAGCGCGGAGGCAGACCGUCAGGAGGGGACCGUUGACUGAUGCAUCAAGAGGCGCCAGCUUGGACAAACAGACUGUUGAGGGUUCCUGUCUCAAUGACUUUAGGAAACGAUUGAGGCAGCACGAGCUUCUUUCACAUUCCAGGCUCGAUACCCUGCAGACCGAACAAUCAAAGCCACUGACCAAAACAACAGGCACCAGUCCGAUGCCUCAAACCAUUGCAACCCAGACCAACGGUGUGCUGCCCUCUGUUGGUGAAGAUGUGCCAGUCAGGGACAAGGGAACCAGGAAAACGUCUCAUGAUCAUGUGCGCAGGGAACCAGCGGUGACCUCAAGGUCACACGUUCACGACCUCCAUGAUAUCUAUGCAAGGCCCGUACAGGCUGCGGAUUACCAGUCAGGUAAAAAAUAUAAAGAGCGCCCUCAUGCAUCAGAAAUGGACGAGAACGAGAGAAGGGUUGAGCCAAUCAUAGCAAGCCCCAGCGUACGACCAACCGCCGGUCCCAUUGUUCCUCAUUUGCAUAUGGCCUGUGACAUCAUACCUUGCCCCGAUGAUCGCAACCCAGACGAAGCAUUGCAUCGCAACAGUGAGCGAAUCAGAAGUGACACUGCAGAUGCCCCUGAGCGCCUAGCAACAGGAGUGUCAAGGGCAUCGGUAACCCGGCAACAAGCAUCUCUGCAUCCCGCUUCUUCGGGAGGAGACCUCCCUCCUAGAGACGAUGCUCAAGAUCAUCAGAAGCAUCUCAGGGAGCAACCUGCUCCUUACUUGUCCACUAUCCCAGAUCUCUCCCAACCUACAAAACCAACAAUCAAAAACAAAAGUGAUGAUGACAACAGGAUUCCCCAAAGAGGACACUCCAAAGACGAUUCUCCUCGACAGAGACUUGACUUUGAAGAGCAGGCAAGGCACAAAAUGGGACAGCGGCUUAGAGAUUCAGAUGGCGAAUUUGAGGGAGAGGUGGAACAGGAAAUUAGAAGCGAGGGUAUGCAAACUCCUCCAACUAGAGGCCGGGAAAGCGGGCGCGUCCAUGCCUCAUCACCCAUCGGUGCAGCAGUCGGCCAGGUCAUUUCCGAUCGUCUCUUCACAACACCUGAUCAGUCAGUGUGGACACCCAAGUCAAGCAUUGACAGCCUUCCCAGCAUGCACUCCUCUAUGAUGUCACAUACGUCUCAGAGUUCUGCUCCAUUCCAAGGUCGUCUGGACGGUGAAGAGGUCAUGUCCUCGGCAUCGUCGUCGUCGGACGGCGAGGAGUUUGCGGACGAUGAGCUGCUGCAGCUGCUGCGGCGUCGCCGGGCACAGUAUGAGAACCAACUACAGAACCUGGAUAGGCUGAUAGAGAUGCAGACAGCGGGGACGUGAUGUAGUCUUGGUUGAAGACUCGAUUUCGAUUCCAAGACUUGAUCUUGAUUUUUCUCCUAGUACAGCCUGUCCCUUUCAAUCCUGGUGAAACCGCAGCGGUAGAGGGCAUUAUCAACAGGAUGAAUCAAUUCAAUGUCUUAGGAACUUUGGCACUCAAACCCAAGACAUUCUGAGCAUUGCUCGUGUGCAUUAUAUUCAAGCUACAUUUUGUAAAGCGUUCUCUACUGCCGUGGGGCAGGUCUUGGCGCAAGACAUUCUUAGCAGGGUAAUUCUCGAUUCAGCCUUUGGACGGCGCAGCAGCGUGCAUGUUCCUGGUCCCAAAGGGCCAUCCAUGAUCUUGACUCGGUUGAUGAACCGCACCCAAAGAACGCCUUGGGAAUCUUGCAAAGCUAUAAGGCGUGAUUUAAUAUGCAAAAUAACGUCGCGUGCGCAGUGGUUGAAACAAAAGAGCUGUUCUGAAAACUGUUAGUCAGGUGACGCAACGUACAAAAACUGUAGCUGUAUGUACAGAAACCAGAUAUGCAAAUGCCAAUCAGUUCUGCUUGGAGUUUCACUAGCAGAAAAACAAGAUUCCCAAGAUAUCCUUUGUGGCUUUUAAGCAUGUGUGCAGUGCUGCUUCGGUGAAUAGCUGCACAGUCCAAUAACCUGUGCGCACUGUAAGAUCACACUGCUUAGGACGUCUUGGAACCAAGACUACCGUGGGGCUUGAAGGCCUUUGCAAGGGAUGGGGACAGGCUGCAUUAGGGGAACAAAAACAAUUCCAAAUCCAAUUUUGGUCAAGAAUACAGGAAAUGAGGGCAUUACAUGUAUGCUGCAAGCAUGAAUGCAAUGUGGGCAGGAGGGACACCUACUUAGGUGUACAACAUGUAGGGCAGGCACACAGUAAUUGGGGAAUUGACAAUGGGAUGCAAGCAUACUAGUCAAGUAUAUAACAAGUCCAGUCACAGGUAAAUCACAAGCAAAUUCACAAAAUCUUGUCACUGGCUUUGUAGUAGACUUGUGAUGACUUGGAAUUCUGAUGGACUCACCUACAACACUGAUACAGAUGUGAGGGACUCGCACCUACUGAGGUGGGGACAACAUGUGGCACUUAAGGUGUCGUGAAGGCUUUCAGGGAGUAAUACAGGAAAGAGGGACACCUACUCAGGUGCUGGGUGACGACACACUCAGUGGGGGAUAACAUGCAGCAUUGAAGAUGUGAUGCAGGCAGGGAUGACUGGAUGCAAGGAGUGACAUCCGAAGACUGCAUGGACACCUACCGAGGUGUAUAGUAGUGACAUCCACAGGUGUCAAGGAGCAGCAAAGAUUAAGGCGUUCAGAAUAGGAGGGACACCUACUCAGGUGUAACAGAGUAAUAACACACACCAGUACGGAUACAGGGUUUUCCUUGGCUGAAGUUCUAAAAGUUUUUCCUCUUGAAACUAAAACUAAGAGUUUCUUCCUCUUUUCUCUUAAUAAACUAUUCAGUGACUUAUAAUUUCAUUGAGCUGCUGCUUAGCAUAACCCAAUAAAAUGGCCGGUAAAAUUUUCCACGAACUAUUGUCUGUGUUUAUCAUAUCCAAGAUCUUGCUUUACUUGAGGCCUCCUAGGGGAAGUAAAGAAAUGAAUAUAAUGAAUAAUUUAUACAUACCUCUCAGGACAUGUGUGUAUACAGAUAUGCUGACUCUUUUUUAAAUUGACUGUUAAAAUAUUUGAACCUUGAAGUUGAAAUAAAACAAAAAUAUGUACAUUGGUA